AUGGACCCUGAAAAUGAUGCUAUGUACUCUUAUCUUGUGGCUGAUGCCUUGUAUUAUCAUCUACCAAAACUGAUGCUGGUAUUGGCUCAAUCAGAAAUAUUCGUCAGAGUUGGCACUACUCAGUUUAGGAUUCCUAGAGAUAUUUUCUCGAAUCCAGGAGAUACCCCUAAUUUCUUCACUAUAGGAUUUAGUAAUUUGUUCGGUGCUAAACCUGAAAUGACAUUUCCUAAGAAGCUUAUCAGACCUCUACCAAUUGCUCCUGCUGCUGUUGAUAAUAGAAGUGCUGAGCUGUUUUCUGAUUUAAUUGGUGGUUUGAGUGGUAACUUUAUUGAUAUCAAGAGUGAAGCACACCGAGAGAGUCUCUUGAAGGAGGCAAGAUAUUAUAGAUUUCGUGGUCUUGAACAAAAGUUGAUAAAGCAUUCCAUCAAUAAGAACUUGGAAAGAGGAAUUGAAGAGAUUGUUCUGGAGUUGCGAGAUAUUCGAGCCAAUGGUAUUGAACUUAUUUCCAGUGAUCAUUAUAAUGAAAAGUUCGUUGGCUAUAAACGCCCCUUUGUCGACACGGUUAGCAGAGAAUUAAUUUUUCAAAUUAACGAAGAAGAGCUGAGGCUGAUGAGAUCUGAUACAACAGGAUACCAUCUCAGUGCAACUGGAAAUACGGCGAAUCUAUUAGAAACAUUGGUUGCAGCAGUACGGAUAUUGUUCACUAUCCAUGAUAUAAAAUACAAGGUUACCGAAAUGCCAUACGAAGUUUCGGUAGAAGAUGCCAGCAUGAUUAUAGAUGGCAAAGAGUUUACAGAUCCUAUUUAUUCAUCAUCAACGACAUCCCAGAGUCCCGCAGUUAAGGAAGAGACGACGGUUUCUUCAUCCUUGGAAGAAGAGCCAUCAGCUGAGCUUGAUGGUCGACCUGCCAAACGUCAGAGAAAGGCAAAUCCAAUCACAUUAUUUUAUUUGACCAAAUCGCAGUGGCGAUUUUCAACUAAAAAUGAUUCUCCAGGUCUUAGUUUACUGAGAUGUGAAGGUUAUACUAAGGCACCCCACAAGAACGCAUCAAGACGGUUCCUGUAA